AUGAACCGUAACCUCGUCCACGACUUGCACUCGGCUACGCUCGCGGAUGGAGGCUCCCUCAACUACAACUUGCAACGAUGGUGUACAGCGUUUGUAAAGCUUGGCAAUGAUUUUGAGCAUUAUGGAGAAGAGGUCACUGCAAGAUAUGGGGCUUAUGGCAGUAGAAAGUAUGUUCACAUGCACAAUGAUGAGGGUGUCAUGGAAAUGCAUUCUAAGAUGGAACCUGGCAAGCAUUAUGUUCAAGUAUAUGUUGAUUCUGGUUCCACAAAUGAAAAGGGAGUGUGUCAUGAGAAUGAAAGUAGAGCUGAUGAUAAGCAAAAAGGCAUAGCAGAUGUACAACAAGGAGCUGAUGAUAAUGUUUGUGAGGAUAGCACAGAUGAGGAGUAUAUUGUAAAAGAAGAAAGUUCUGAAUCAAAUAAAGAAGAAAGUUCUGAAUCAGAUGGACUGAGUGGAGAUGAAUUAGGAACAGAUGAUGAAGAAUACUUUGAAGCAAGGAGAAAAAGAGCUGCAUCCAAAAAAGUUGCAAAUGAAGAAACUGAAAAUUUCACAUUAUCUUCUGAAAAGCGAUCGGGCCGGUGGUCACCUUUGACUGCUCGGCCCGCCUCUGACGUCACGCUUUCUGGAUCCGCUGCAGGUGUCUGCGAUUGA